AUGGAUUUGGCAUUGCUGCGCUCCCGCAGUGGCGGCGACCGGGUCGCUUUCGACCUGCUGAAGCGUUGGAUCUCCAAUGCCUUCCUGCGCGAGGUGCGCGACACAGCCCCGGCAGGCUGCCCCUGGCAAUCGCUGACCCGGGCACUGGAGGAGUCCCGGCGGCGGCGCUGGCGGGAGGCUCACUCCGAGGGCACAGACCUGGAGUUCGAUCCCAUCACCGAGGCGGACCUCCGAAAAUCGCUGGUCCAUGCCUACAAGGAGAUGCCUGAAGCUGUGCUGCGGGUAGUGGCGGAGGCGAAGCUCAAGGACGAGCUGUCCAUCUUCCAGCUCGGGCACUUUCCAAACGCGACUGAAGUGCUGGAGCACUGGAAGUGGUACCUCUACUGUCUGACCUUCGAAAGUCGUGAGUUCACCUCAAAUGGUCUCCAUUGGGACAAGUAUCCU